GCAUUACGCCCUGCUGCCCGCACGAUAGAAGAAGCAGUGCUCUCAUAAAAAAGUUUCGACAUUUUUAGGCAGGGUUGCUUUUUUCUUCUAUACUCAUCAACAUUUUCCACCAAUUCUGUCGUUUUUACCCGGUAUUUUUAUAUUCACAAAAAAACCAACAUGUCUUCAGCCAGCUCCUUUUUUUCGCACAACUCACUCGGAGAAAAUACGCUACGAACAAACGCCCCAAGCCUUAAGCGCAGAAGAAGCAUCCUCGAACCGCUCAGCCAGCCAAGCGCAGCAGCCCCGCCAAGGAAAAGACGAGUGCUCACAGCAACCAGCCAAAAGGAAAACAUUUCCGAGCAACAGCCCACAUGCACAAACACCAUGACCUCUUUUUCGCGGCGCAACAACGCGCAAACAGGGGUGCUCCCAGCAAACAAAAGGACCUGCCCAGCCCUCCAAACCCUCCACAUCAAGGCGCUCGAAUACGGCCUGCGAGUGCCUAUCAACAACACGCCUCUGGGCAUACUGGAUCAGGCUGAAAACAUCAUUUAUAACCGGAUGCAUCGGCCAAUGAUUGCGCGGCUGUCGAUUAGUCAGCGGAGCUCGAGAAGAAGGGUUAUUACAUCUCCGCCAGUGCUGUCAUUGCUUCCAAUUGACAUUAUUGCUGAUGCCAAUUUAACCAGCGUGCCGGCCUUAUCUACCGCAUCCAUCAUACCUGUUCGCCCUCGGAGACACAGCCGGCGCAACUCGACUGGGUGCCUUGAGUUGACGCUUUUGUUAGAAAUGUGAAAGAUGUAGACAAUUGUACAAAUAUAUAUGUAAAGGUUGAGCUUUGCAGUCAAAACUUGAAUUAUUCUAGCCGAUGGCGUGAUCACAAAUGGCUCCUAUUUGAUUACCAUGAUUUGAUCGUGGAAUUUUAUUAUACCUUUAUUUUUUUACUUGAUCGCUGAUGGAAAAAUUUUUCUCGUUGGGAUGUGGAUUCAGCUUGAUGCAACUUUUUUUCUUCCUCGGUUGGCAAGUCGG